AUGCAGUACGCUUCUCCCAUCUAUCUUAAAAGAUCACCGUAUCAUCUUUAUCGACCGUAUCAGCUUGAAAUUCAACGAACAACAAUUCCUAAGAAUUCAGCAGUGCUUCAUCGUACACCAAAUCUUGAUAUCUUAUCAGAAAUUAAUCGACGAUCUAGACGACUUGAACGUAUUGUUUCUUAUCAAAAAAUUUUAACAGUUACUCAGGAAAUGUAG